UACUGCAAAAACUGUCUCAUUUGCUGCAUACCGCUCAUUCCCUACAGCACAAAGACUCUAUUUGUGAGCUGUUUCUCUUGCUGUUACCUUGAUUCAAUUAAAGAACAACAUCAUCAAACAAAGAGAGGACAAUGACUGCUGCAGUUAUGGAAGAUUUCAGAGUCACUUCAGACAAGCUAGAAGAAUGGAAAGAAGUCCUACCCAGAGCUGGACCUAAAUAUCGUCUGGGAAUGUAUUUCGAUACAAUCCACGAGAUACCUGAAUUCGACGCUGUCAUAGAUCCAGAGGGUGGCUACCAGAGCACCUGGGAAACCGAGACAGACCUUCAAACUGACUGCGACGACUACGGCAGUUUCAUAUUUUCGAACAUCGAUGGAGACUCUGCCUCGGUCGUUUGCUUGGAAGAAGACGAAGCUGCUGAUCUAAUAGAGAGGUUUAACCUAAAGCACAGGAGUCCUGGUUCCACCUCUCCCCCGAGACAACAAGCCGUCGUCGGUGACAUAACCCUUUCCUCUUUCGCCUCACCUUCCUCCAAUAGACAGAGCCAGCCAGAGGUAACGUACGACAGGGUUGAUGGCGACGAUGAACACGUAUAUGAAUCCAUUGAUGAUUGUGUGGAGGAAUACCAGCUGUUUCUCUACAAUGAGGAAGGGUCUCCUCCUUUGAAUAAUACGCCCACACAUGCUAGAAUAACAACGAAAGUGAAACAGCAUUCCGGGAUCAAAUCGAAGCGAAGCUCCUCUCUCCCAAAUCCACAGACGGAGACGUUGGGAUAUUUCUCUAACAAGCAUCACCAGAGCUCGCAUCGCAAGUACUCGGAUGUGUCAGAUUAUGCUAAACUAGCCAAGAAGCGCUCGGAACCAAAUCCUCCACCACUUCCUCCCCCCAAUCAUCACCUGCCAUCAAGCGAGUCCCAUUACAGUCAGCUUUACAAUCGUCUCUCCUCCGCUACCUUUCCUUCUCCCAGUAAAGAGCCAAAGCGUUCUUUGUCACAGCAACCGGUAGCGGUACUCAAGCACAAAGGAAAGGAAUACAUGUUACCACUCGGAGACAACAAACCGAGAAGACACUCUGCAAGCAGUGCGUCUCCCAAACAUGGCAACGCACACAUCCACCCAUCCCCCUCCUCCUCAUCUCAUCUCAGUAACUUUUAUACGACAGUCACAACGCCGACUCAUCAUGCGAAAACAGAUCCAAAAGAGACUCUGUCUCCAGUCGGAGGAAAAAAGAAAUCGAAACACUCUUCGUCAACAACGUACAGUAAUCAGACCUCAUGUGCAUCCACUAACAGUCUAUCGAAAUCUCAUGUAACUUUAUACGGAGUUUUGUGAGAAAUGACUCUCACUCUCUCCCUCCCUCUCACUAAUCAUUCAUGAACAUUUAUUUGGCAUUAUUGUGUUAUUAUAUAUAUUUUUGUUAUUAUACAAACAAUAACAAUAACAACAUUGAGCUCUUUUUAUCUCUUAUUUAUUAUUAUUACACAUACACACACACACAUACACUCUUCACUUUCAUUUUAUGUCUCCUCCAUCUAUCCUCAAACUUAUUUAUUAUUUGUAUCAUUUAAUCCACCCUCCCUCUCUCUCUCUCUCUUCUCUUUGCCACUUCUAUUAGUCAGUUUGUAAAUGUCAAUAGCACCAUUUUACACUAAUAUGACAACAAUGAAAGUUAAA